GUUGUUUAGUAGAGUUUUUAGUUGGUACGCGAACGUGAAGCGGCGUGAACGUCGAUCGUUUUGUGUUAGAAUUUGUGUUGUGUGCGGCUGCGGUGGUUCUUUUUCUCAAGAGUGAGUGCGCACGAUACUCGCGGGCAACGGUGGUGUUUUUUUUUUUACUCUCUCUCGCUGCAACAAAGUAUCUACCUAUGAUCGAUUUGUUCAUUUUUUUUCAAAAAAAUUUGACGAGGUGUUCCUUUUGGAGGAACUUCAAUCACUACUGAGUGUAUUAGUGUCCAAUGUCCAACCAAGGAAGACUUGCCAUGCGGCGGGCUUGUGAGAUGUGUGUUUCUCGGUGAUUGUGACGACCACGAAGACGCGACGCGACGCGACGAUAACGAUGGCGACGCUAGUUGAUGGAUGUUCGGUGGUAUUUGCCGUUGGUAUCGCGAUCGCCGGUCUAAAAGAAUAGACAAGAAUGUGCUGCUUAGCCUUAGCGACCACGACGACGAUUUGGCGCCUUUUUCUCAUCAUCUUGGGCCUGGUGGUAUUCGCUGUGCCUCUGCAGGUUCUUCUUCGUCGGGUUGUUUUUGUUCGAAUUCGAAUCCUUGGUCGUCGUCGUUGUUUUGUGCUCGUUCGUCGUGAACGGACCAACGCGAAUGUGGAAGUGAUGUGCUAUAAUGAUGAUGAUGAUGGUGUGGUGAAUAAUAUGGUGCAAUUUGUCAAGCAGGCUGUGUGGAUAUCUACUCGUGCUUCGCGGAGUUGUGAUUUUCUGCUGUUUUGUGGAUAUUCCAAGUUUUACGAAUCAAUCAAAAACGAUCCAGGGUGAAGAUGAUGACAAUGAUCUUCAUGAUCGUCGAGAUCACGAAUAUCCGCGGCCAAACAAAUACUAGAUGUUUUGCAACAAGCCGUAUCCUCCGUGGAAGCGUACAGCGAGCACACGGACGUGGAAAAAGUAUUCGCCAAAAUUGCCAAAUUGUCCCAGGACGAAGAACCGAUGGUAAAAUGCACGUUGCUCAACAGUCUGCAAAAAGUGGCCAGCUUUUGCGCCGAAUACGAUUCGCCAUUGGUAUCGCUGAAACCGCUCAUCGUCACCGAUAUCCUGGUCAUCGUGCUGAAAGAUAUCGCCGACGAGUUCAAAACCAGAAAUAUUAAGGUCCGCAAAGAAGCUUAUAAUACGUUGAAAUAUUUACUACACGAGAAUCUAAUCAGCAAGCAGAACAUCGAAGAUAUGAUGAACGAGAUUUAUACGGCUUUGGUCGACGAUCCUCGAAAUGUACUCAACGUUAUCGCUGCCGGAAAUUUUAUAGCCAGAAUGCCGCCUGUGGUCGGAGAAGAAGUGACUGAAAAGCUACUACUGCCCAAGAUAUCAGAAUUGUGUUCGCAUCCGCAGCCGAAAGUUCGCGAAGCCUGCGUUCAUUUCUUAAUCGAUUUGGCGUGUUUUGUGAACUCGAUGAUUACGGAGAAUAUUAUCGUACCGUUGUUCGUUAAACUUAGCCAAGACGACGAAUGGUACGUGAUCAAAGCAUGCGCUGAAACGUCGGUCAUGUUGUCCUGCCUGUGCCUUAUGGAAUCGCGUAAAACGGUGCUGUGCCAUUCGUUCAUCGAGCUACUGCAAUACGGAUACAACGUCACGCCUGCCGCGUUCAAACAUCUCGGACCAUUUAUUACGACUUUUGCUCAGCCUGCCAUCACCGGACUGGCGUGUAAUCUACAGGGUGAUUUUGUAUUGGUGUACGAUAAAGAUUUCGAAUUCCCAUUGCAUUCGCGCAGAGCUUUGUUCCAGUUCAACGAAGAGAAAUUGGAGGAUUGCUCGUACGUGUUUAUGUUACCAAAAAACGAUUUCAGUUACGAAUUUACUAACGAUAAUAACACGAUCAAAAACGUAACCAGUGACGAAGAUAGCUUUAAUAAUAAUAGUAAUAAUAGUCGAGAUAGCGAACAAAAUUUUUCUAACGAGUUUACCAACUUGAACGAAGGCGCCGGACAAGCGCUGGGUAAAGUUACCAAUCAAGAUGAAAACGCUAAUAACGAUUUGAAUAGUAUUAGUUACGAUAACCAACCCGAUCUGGUGCAGUCCUGUCUGCAAAAAGUCAUUAAUACCAACGCCGAAGUGGAUAAUAAAGCUAAAAACACGACGAUUACAGAAGGUUGUCCAUCGUCGCCGGAAACGUUGAUGGAAAUACAAGAUCAUUUUAAUUCGUUUCAAUUUUGGAGAGAUCCUAUUCCAGAAUUUGAGGAACUCGACUUGCCAACUGUGACGAUGACGGAGACAUCUAUGGCUGAUUACAGUUUGAACGAUUAUAACGAAGAAGAACUGAAGACAACACACAGUAACGAUCUGUUUUACAAACGAGCUUCGAAAAAACCCAUUUUGCUGAAACAGUUUCGAGACUCGCCUCCUCGUAGCCUACGCAGACACAAGUAUUACGACGCACAAGUGGGAACGUUACCAUCGGAAAGUGGCCAUGAAUUGCAUUCGACAACAACGACACCUUGCGGUAUCAGCAGCGCCGGCGUAAACGGCCCUAAACAGACGAUCGUACCUCAAAUUCUGGUGGAUUAUUUCGUUACGAUGCCCGAAACGUAUUCGAUGUUGACGAUAGAUUGCGCGUACACGUUUCCAGCCGUCUUACUCACGUUGGGAGCGUCGAAUUGGAAUCUGCUAAAAGAACUGUACUGUAAAUUAGCUCUAGAUGGCGAGAAAAAAGUCAGAAAGAUGAUAGCGAACAAUAUACACGAGAUCGCGUCCAUAUUGGGAGCGGAGCUUGCAACUCAGGAUCUAAUACCGGUGUACAAUUCGUUGAUAGACGACCUCGAAGACGUGCGAAUUACGGCAUUGAAUCACAUAUCUUCGUUUAUCAAAUUACUCAAACCGAACGGUCGCAGUUUGUUUUUACCUCAUUUGAUGGAGUUCAUGAUGACCGAUUACUCGUGGAACUGGAGGUUCCGUAAACAGCUGUCAGAGCAGUUGAUCGAAAUGAUGACUUAUUUUUCGGCGAGCGAUUGCUGGAAAUACGUGUCGCCGGUAGCGCUUACCUUGUUAACCGAUCGAGUAUCUGCUGUGAGAUUACAAGCUUUAAGUCUGGUGACGUAUUUGAUACGUGCUCUAGCCGCCGAUAUCACGCUGCUGAGAGGUAUUCUUGCCGAAUUAGCCGAACAGUUCGCCCACAGCACGCAGUGGUCUCGAAGGCAAUCGUUCGCGUUCCUAUGUUCCUGUUUGUUGAAAGAUCCGGUGCUGCCGGACGACAUGUUCGCCAGAGACGUUUUACCACAUUUGUUAGAUUUAAGUUGGGAUAUCAUACCGAAUGUUAGAAUCGCGGUGGCGCGUACUUUAGCCUGUGACGUUAUGACAUAUCCUUUUUUUAGUAAUAUAUUCAGUCCUCACUACGACGUUCUAACGCAGGUGUUGAAACGCUUAUGUAACGAUCGAGAUCGCGACGUCAGAUAUUUCGCAUCGUUGAAAUCGCAACCAUUACCGUCGUUAACGCAUUUCGACGUUAGCUAUUGAUGGAAAAUAAUAGUGAAGCCCCCCUCCCCCCACCCGUCAAGCCUACGUAAACCAAUGCUGAAGAAUUAACUUACGUAUGCGACAUUGUAAUAUCGCGCUGAAAGAUUCAACUUGCAUAUUAAUUUUUUGAUGGAAAAAUUGAACCGAAACUAAUCGCACAUUUUUACAACAAAGAAGAAUUUCGUAUUUUGAGAAUGCGAAUACGAUGUACUAUUUACUUACAGAAGACACACGUUUAAAGUCUGAAAUAUGAGGUGAUCGAUAACGACGAAACUUAAUUGCUCAACAAAGUGUUCAUUAUAUUGUGCAUAAUGCAAUAGACCGAAUUUUUCUCCUCUUUUUCUAUCUUGUGUAUUUUUAUAUCUCCAUGUACGUCUCCUCCCCCUGUUUAAUUUUUUUUCUGAUCGUCGUGUUUUUUUUUCUUUUCUAAUGAAUAUUAUUUAUUUAUUUAUUUUUUGUACGUACGUAUUUAUUGUUGUACUAUUUCUCAUAUUUCGAGUAACACGGGUGCCGCAUUUUUUUUAAAUGGUGAAUUUACCCUUCGAUAUGAAGUAUAAACGUAUGCGUUUAUUGUGAUAUGUUUUUUUUUUGUCUUUUUCUUUUUUUUAAUGUUGAAAUUUUAUUUAGUAACAAAAUUUUACGUUUGCGGUAUCCAUAACGAUUACACGGUUUUAUAUUAUGCUGUUUAUAUUCUUGUUUAUUCUUUUUUUGAUCACUGUUAUAUUUACCUUCUGCGUUUGGAAAAUUGCCUUGUGGAAUGUUUUCUUCUUUUUUUUGUAUGUAUACGCAUAUGGUGUAAAUCGUUAUGGAUAAUGCAGACUAUUUUGUACAAGUCGUUAGGGUUUAUGCAAAUAAAAGUUUUCGAGUUGUGAGUUCUUA